GGAUGUCUUUCCGCGACCUCCGUAAUUUUACUGAGAUGAUGAGGGCUCUGGGAUAUCCCCGGCUCAUCUCUAUGGAGAAUUUUCGCACGCCAAACUUCUUGCUUGUCUCAGAGAUACUCCUUUGGCUGGUGAAAAGAUAUGAGCCUCAGAUUGACAUCCCUUCAGAUGUGGAGACGGAGCAGGACCGGGUCUUUUUCAUUAAGGCGGUUGCUCAAUUUAUGGCGACCAAGGCUCAUAUCAAGCUCAACACCAAGAAGCUGUACCAGGCGGACGGCUACGCGGUGAAGGAGCUGCUGAAGAUCACCUCCGUGCUGUACAACGCCAUGAAGACGAAGGGCACCGACGCCGUCAACGUGGAUGAGGAAGACGUGGGGAAGUUCAAGUUUGACCUCGGCUCGAGAAUCAGUGAGCUGAAGGCAGCCAGGCAGCUUGCGUCAGAGAUCACUUCCAAAGGAGCGUCCGUCUACGACUUACUGGGCAAAGAAGUGGAGCUGAGGGAAAUGAGAACAGAAGCAAUCGCCAGGCCGCUGGAGAUAAACGAGACGGAAAAGGUGAUGAGAGUCGCCAUCAAGGACAUCUUGGAGCAGGUCCAGAAAACCAAAGACCUGUUCAGCAACGUGGCUGCAGAUGAAGCCAGCUUGGAAGCCAAGAUUGAAAAGAGGAAGGCGGAGCUGGAAAGGAGCCAAAAACGGCUGCAGACACUCCAGAGUGUUCGCCCAGCCUUUAUGGAUGAAUACGAGAAGAUUGAAGAGGAGCUGCAGAAACAGUACAGCUAUUACCUGGAGAAGUUUCGGAACCUGGCCUAUCUGGAGCAGCAGCUGGACGACCAGCACCGCAUGGAGCAGGAGAGAUUUGAGGAAGCGGAGAACACUUUGCGUCUGAUGCAGAACAAGCUGAAGGAGGAGGAGAAGCGCUUGCUGAAGACUGGAAGCAACGAAGACUCCGACAUCGAGAUCCACGAGGACGAGGGGUCCGACAGCGAGCUGGAAGACCGGCAACUCAUAAAGCAGCACACAGCCAUGGAGAUGCUGAUGCAAGGGAGACCCAGCAAGCGGAUCGUGGGGACCAUGCAAGGCGGCGACACGGAGGACGACGUCGGGGUGGCUAGAGCCCGUAAGCCCAGAGCCUCCAGAGCCAAGGCCAAGGAGGAUUCGGAGGACAGUGAAAUAGACUUGGAUGAUGACGACGACGACGACGAAGACCUGGAAGACGACAGCAUCGACAUCGCUCCCAGCAAGACCAACCGGAGGGCCAGGAAGCCGGAACCCCUGGAGGAGAGCGACAACGACUUCUGA